UUCUACAUUUUUUUCUAUACACGUUCUCAAGCAUUUUGUCAUGAUCCAAUAAUUCUUGCUUGUGUACUGUACUAGUCUUCUAAAAUCCCUAGAGCUUGGACUUUGAACACCAUUUUCCAAGCCAUCUUUGCAAAAUUUCAUGAUUACAUUGGAAUUAUGGGUCGUGUGGGAUUGAGCUCUGCUACCAUCUCUCACAGCAACCAGAGAGGAAAAAGUCAACCUUGUGAAGUCUCUUAGGAUAGUAUUCCCACCACCAAGACGUCCAUCCCAACAAAUUUUUAAGAGCGGCAAAUGAAAUGACAGGUGAAUUCUUCUCAAAUGAAGAAGAUGAGACGCAGUCUUCAAGCUCAAGAUCAGCCUUCUGUUGGUGGAGAACAGCCCAGGAAUUCCAAGACCAUGCCCGUCUUAAACUGGAUCUUCACACCCUCUCACACCUUACUCCCAGGCGCAGACUCCUUCGAGAACUGGAGAGACUCGCCUUAGUUGCCGACCAAGGCCUGGAUGAGCUCCGCCACAAGCUCAUCACCUACCACUCCGGCGAUUUCUGGCUCCCCACCGGUGGAAUCAGCAAGGCAGAUAUGGAUGUUCCACCGGUUAUCACUAUGCUCCUGGUGGGUCUCUCUGGUUCUGGCAAAAGCUCUCUCGUCAACUUGAUGUACAGUGUCCUUGGCCGUUCUGGCCUCAUCCCUUUCGCUCAGACUUCGAGGGAGUCUUCCAAUUACACUACGAUGUUUUUAGAAGAACACAACGCCCUGAGAUCGGUGCGAAGUGGGUUCUGCGUGUAUGACACCAGGGGUCUAGAUUUGAACCGCAUGAGGGAGGGUCUCGAGGAGAUCUCGUCUUGGAUGGCUGAUGGGGUACGCCAUUAUCAGCCCUGUUCCAGACCAGAGGACGACGCCACAACGCCUCCAAUGGGGUGUCAACUGUCCUCUGCAAGAUUCACCGCGCGCCCAGUCAAUUGCGCUGUGCUGGUAGUGAACCUAGCAGAGAUCACUAAAGCCUUCAACAAUGGCGAUCUUAAGCUAGCAGAGGCCACCAGAGACCUCUUCCGCUGCCCUGCCAUCAGAAAAUCAAGUAACCCUCUCUCUAUAUCUCCCCCUAGAAUGAUUCCUGAUUUGAGAUUGAUUUCAUGGUGGUCGUUGCAAACUUGCAGACGAGAAACCCCUUCUAAUACUCACCCAUGGAGACUAGUUAACGCCGGAGGAGAGAAUCGGCGGUCGCCUGAAGCUCUGCGAGUAUCUGGGUGUGGCGGAGGCCACGGGUGCAUACGAUAUACCGUGUCUGACGGAGCUGGGGAUACUACCCGAAGAGUCCGAUCCGGUUACAUCCUAAGCCUUAACCGAAGCAGUCUAUCGGGUCCUGAUCCAAUCCGAUCGGACCCAUCUCCUGAAGAGAAAGCCCAAGGACUGGCUCCUCAUCUUUUGGUCCUGGAUCAUGUGCUUACUUCUUCUCAAAACUUGGCCGCAAGAAAGUAUAGAGAGCGUGAAAGUUUAACCUUUUUUUUUUCUUUUUUUCUUUUUUUCUUUUUUUGACUUUCUUAAAAAGGCCACAUUUUGAUUUUGCUUUGAUUUCGUGGGUCCAAAUUUGGGUCUAAGUGGGCUUCUUUUAUUAUUAUAUAUGCCAUAAUAGAUGGGGAACCGUGGAGGUGUGUGGAUGUGGUUGAGCGAGAGAGAGAGAGAGAGAGAGAGAUACCUAAUCUCCCAAAGCCAUCUGUCAGCCAACGAGUUUCCAGCUAAUCUCAGAAUUUUCUUGGGGCCCAAACAAGGCAAAAGGGCAUUUCAAAUUGUGGGCGUUUGGAUAUGGGACUUUGAACCAAUUCGGAUGGGUAUGCAAAGUGAUUAUUUAAGGGGAUGAUAUAAUUACGUCUUGUUUGGUUAUUCAAAGUUUCAUUUUGGCA